AUGUCGCAUUCUUCUGCCGAAGCUGAGUAUAGAGCGAUAUGUUCUUCUGUUGUUGCUAUAGACAUUCAUCCUGUCAAGGUGGAACUGGCUAUGAGCAACAAAAUGGUGUAUGGAGUUGGUGAUCGUGUUGACUUUGUCGUUGGUGACUUCAUCCAAUUAGCUCCAUCUAUUUUGUCAUUUUUAUAUGGAGAUUUUUUGUUUCUAGCGCCACCAUGGGGAGGACCAAUGUAUAACAAAGUUGAGACUUACACGAUGGACAUGCUCCAACCAAUAGACGGGUACAAAUUGUUUCAGAUUGCUCAGUCCAUUACACCUAACAUGAUAACGUUCCUACGAGGAAAUGUUGAUUUAGGGCAAGGAGAGCUCGCUUGGCUCUCGUCUCCACCUCUAGCUCUUGAGAUUGAAGAAAAUUGUGUUGGAGGCAAAUUGAAAGGCAUAACGGCUUAUUUUAGUUGA